AACUAGUUUCACGUCAUGCUAAACAGCGAUCGGCUGAGAGGACAGAGGCAACUGGGGUCAAAGUUGAACAAAUCUGAACUUGCAGCACAUCCCUGCUCCACGAUGCGUAAUGUGGACGUGUGUGCACAGCCUGUGCAGCGCAUCACCUGCACAAUAAUGGCGAGACACGCCCGAAAGCGGUUUUCUGCAAUAAUGUGAACACGCCAUAAUAUAGUUUGACUGCUGCAUGACGUUAGUUUCUGGUGACAGGAGGCAGUUUGUAGUUGUUGUUUUUUUUUAUUGUUUGUUUGUUGUCAGUGCUGCUGUUUUUGUCGGUGUCGGCCUUUGUGGAGGAGCUGGACGAUUCCUUCAUGGAGAGCAGAGCAGCGGACGACAUCUGGAUCAUUAAAUUUUAUGCCCCCUGGUGCUCCCUGUGCAAACAACUGGAUCCGGUUUGGCGUCAGAUUGGAUCAGAACUGAAGAGUCUUGGUUCUCCAGUCAGUGUUGGCAAAUCAGAUGCCACUGCCAGCACCGGUUUGGCCAAAGAAUUCAGGGUCAGAGGUUAUCCCGCCAUUCUCAUGUUGAAGAAAGGUGUGAAAUACAAUUAUUCAGGCCCAAGAACCAAAGAUGGGAUCAUGGACUUUGUUAAUCGAGUUGCAGGGCCACUGGUACGACAUCUGAGCAGUGUGCAGCUUUUCCAACAUGCCAUGAGCCGCCAUGAUGUCAUGUUGGUUUAUGUUGGAGCCACAUCACAGCUAAAGGGAAACUACACGUCUGUGGCUGAGGAGCUGAUUGUCCACACCUAUUUCUUCUCUGCUACCAGAGACGUCCUACCAAAGGCCGUCUCUCUGCCCUCUCUGCCAGCUGUGCUGGUUUUCAAAGAUGGGACCUACUUUACCUACAAUGAGGAACGGGAUGGAGACCUGAAGUUGUGGAUCAACAGAGAACGCUUCCCAAACUACUUCAGGAUUGACAGCUACACUCUGUACGCCAUGGGAGAGUCAGGGAAACUAGUGGUGUUGGCCCUCGUGGACAAGAACACGUGUAAAGAAGGUCUGAGGUAUAAGAGUCUGGUGGAGAAAGUGGCAGCAGACUACAGAGAGAUCUACAGAAACUUCUACUUUGGUUUCAUGGAGGAGCAUGACUACAUCAGCGGACUGGUGAUGGGUGAGGUGAUUGUGCCAUCGCUCAUCGUGGUCAAUCUGUCCAUUGAUGGCUACUUCCUGCCACAGGGUGAUGUGGAGACAGAGCGCCACCUAUUGGAUUUCCUGAAAGGGGUGUUGGAUGGCAGCAUCCAGUGUUUGGGAGGAAAUGGCAUCAUCCAGCGCAUAAAACGCUUUGUUUAUGAUACAAAGGCCACACUGACCCUGGUGUCCAGCCAGGCUCCGCUGCUCGGCUGCUUCUUGGUCAGCUUCCCGCUCGCCAUCUUUGCCAUCUUGUGUUACCUCUGCUGUAAGGCUCGGCCCACCAUGAGCAAUGACGACGAUGAUGAUGGUGUUGCACUGUUGGCACCAUCCCUGCACCACCGCAACAAACCGCCCCAGAAGAAGUACGACUGAAGAUGAGGAUCAGCACUACAGGACCUUCAGUUGAAAAUGAUCAAGACUUGACUAUCUACCACAAUAUGACAUGGUCUAGACAAAGCUCCAGUCAAACAAUGGCAAACAGUCUGAAAAGCAUGAUAAAAAAUCUUACAUUUUUGUUUUCCUGUUUUUUAGGCAAAAACUGAAAGAGCAAUUUUCUAUCAAUAUAUUUGCUCCCUUAUUUGGUAUGAUCCCAGGAUGGUGCACUCAAUCACUCCACCUUGAUUCUUGGCUCGAUUUGAACUUUAUUUAUUUUACUUCUUAGUUUUCAUUGUCAUAUGUUUUCCUUCUUGUCUAUAAACUA